AUGGGAGUGCCAAAGUUUUACCGCUGGACGUCCGAAAGAUAUCCGUGUCUGUCGGAGGUGAUAAACGAGUCGCAGAUCCCGGAAUUCGACAAUCUCUACCUGGACAUGAACGGAAUCAUCCACAAUUGUUCGCAUCCCAACGACGACGACGUCACUUUCCGCAUCACCGAGGAGCAGAUCUUCGUCAACAUUUUCGCCUAUAUUGAGGUACACUUUUUGUAAAUGAACAAAACUUUUAGUCAUUUCAUUCACGUACGCUUAUAAAAAUAUUUUUUUGUUGCAGAAUUUGUACAACUUGAUACGUCCGCAAAAAGUGUUCUUCAUGGCCGUCGACGGUGUGGCUCCGCGAGCAAAAAUGAAUCAGCAGAGAGCACGACGAUUUAUGUGAGGACAAUCAUUCUGGACUUUUGGAGCAUUUUCGAUAUUCCGAUCGGACCCUAACGUUGCCGGCUUCUUGGACUUGCAUUAGAGUAUAUCGGGACAAAGUUUCAGCCUGAUCAGAUCAUCGCUCACAUAUCUCGGGACCAGGUGAUCCAAUCGGGCUGAAACUCAGACCCGGUAUACUUCGAUCCAAGUCCAAAAAGCCUGCAAAAUUUGGGUCCGAUCGGAAUAUCGCAAGUGGUUCAAUAGUCCAGGACAAGGGCCGCCUAGCCCUGCUUUCUUCAAAAUUUUUCUAGUGAAAAAUACUUCUAAAAAGCGGUGAAAAAUUCAAAAUCGAAUAUUGUAGGUCGGCACGAACGGCAGCCACCCAAAUGGCGCAAGCGAUCGCAAAAGGAGAGGUGCUGCCGACGGAGGAGCGGUUCGAUUCGAAUUGCAUCACUCCGGGCACGUACUUUAUGACGAGACUGCACGAGAGACUCCUCAAAUGGAUCGAGCACAAGACGAAGACGGACCCCAAGUGGCACGGACGACGCGUCAUCCUCUCCGGGCACAAUGUACGGGAGUCGGCAAGAAAUUUGCGGAAUUUUGAGACAUUUUGAUAGACUUUUUACAAUCGCAAUUCGUUUUUUUUCCUAGCUGCUCUUCACAAUAUUGGAAAUGUUUGCAGUGUCCGGGAGAAGGCGAGCACAAGAUAAUGGACUUUAUCCGAACGGAACGGGCGGCGGGGGACUACGAGCCGAACACGCGGCACUGCAUGUACGGACUCGACGCCGACCUCAUCAUGCUCGGCAUCGUGUCGCACGAGCCGCACUUCUCGUUGCUGCGCGAGGAGGUCACUUUCAACCAGAGACCGCGGAAGCACGAGCAGAAAACGAAGAGGCCGCAGCGGACCGACUCGGCCGAGAAACAGUUUCAUCUGCUGCAUCUGUCCCUGCUCAGAGAGUACCUCGCCUGGGAAUUCUCGUCUGUUAAGGUACGCACAAGAUUUUUGUUUGUCAAUAAAAAGGGGCUAUUUGUGUGCAGGACUCGCUGCCGUUCGCGUACGACAUGGAGCGCAUCGUGGACGACUGGAUCCUGAUGGGCCUCCUGGUCGGCAACGAUUUCCUUCCGCACCUUCCGAACGUGCACAUACACGACGACGCGCUGCCGCUCCUCUACACGACGUACAAAAAGGUGCUGCCGACGCUGGACGGCUACAUAAACGAGGGAGGCAUUCUGAAUCUGGGCAGGUUCGAGACAUUCCUGCGGCAAUUGGCCAUCAACGACAAGGACGCGUUCAUGGACAAACUCGAGGAUUAUCAGUUUAUGGAGUCGAAGAAAAGUGGAAGAAAUGCAGAGGAGGUAGAGGACGAAGAGUUGGUGGCAUUCGAGUCGUCGGACAUUGAGAACGAGGAGGAGACGGAGGAGCCGGAAACGAACGGAAAUGAAGAGGAAGACGAGAUUGACGCGGCUUUUGUGAGCGACGAUGAGGAGCAAGAGAGUCCUGAGGAGGAGACGGAGGUAAUAAUAACAGGUUCGCAAGUUUUAUAUAAUUAUUUGCAGUCGUCAUCUCCACCGCGAACAGACGAAGAGGAGGAGACGAACGGCGAGUUUGUGGAGCAAGAGUUCAACGACGAAUUGGCCACACUCGCCCUCUCCGCGCUCGACGACAAGGACUUUGAGAACAGUGUGGAGGCGUGCUGGACGCGCACCAUCAACAAUCAGUUCAAGCGGCACAAAAAGGAGUACUACUCGGACAAGAUGCGCUACAAAAACAUUUCAAAGUCGGAGUUGCGCGCGCAGGCGGAGGGAUACGUGCGCGCGAUCCAGUGGAACCUUCACUACUACUACCACGGCUGCUGCUCGUGGAGUUGGUUCUACCCGCAUCACUACGCGCCGUUCAUCUCCGACGUUACCGGAUUCGCCGACAUGCACAUCGAAUUCACGCUCUCCGAGCCAUUCCACCCGUUCGAACAGCUCUUGGCGGUCCUUCCCGAGGCUUCGAAAGGUUGUCUUCCGAAACCGUUGCAGGAAUUGAUGAGCCCCGAUCCGACACAGUCCCCCAUUUCCGACUUUUAUCCGCCGUCGUUUGAAACUGACCUGAAUGGGAAGCGGAACGACUGGGAAGCAGUCGUUCUUAUUCCGUUUAUCGACGAGAAACGUCUGUUGGAGGCGAUAAAAUCGAAAGAAUCGCGGCUUUCCGCCGAGGAGAAACGACGAAACGAGCACGGAACACACGUGCAAUGCGUGUCGACCUAUUCGCAAAGGGACAAUAUUUGGAAGGUCACCCGCACCGAACUGCCCAAUGAUCUGUUCCGGAUCCCGCAAGCGCGUGUCAAGUGGGGACUCCUGCCGAAUGUGAAAAUGGACGUCUACUUCCCGGGAUUCCCGACGAUGAAGCAUCUGAGUCAUUGCGGAGAGUUGCGCCACGCCAACUGCAACGUGUUCGGAAUGGCGUCGCGCAAAGAGUCGAUGGUUCUGAGGGUGAAACCUCUCGGGACCGCCAAGGACAUUAUCGAGUGGGGCGCCGAGUUGUGCGAGGAAGAGGUGUGCGUCGACUGGCCCAUCCUGAAGCUCGCGAAAGUCGACGCGAUCUGGGGCGACGGACGGAUCGUUCGGAAGGGCGAGGAAGACGAGAUUGUCGUGAAGGACAUGACGGAGGAGGAGAAGCGGCAGUGGACGGCCCAUGUGAACCAGCUCGUCGAGCACGCCAUCACCCGCUACGCCAUCGAGUGCGGCACGGACCGCGACGAGCGGGGAAAGCAUGUGCGCACGCCGAUCGCGUGGGUCCGUCGCUUCACUGGACUGGUCUACGAAACGACGGCCGACGGAAAGGGCGGCGCGCCCGUCCUCAGAGCGGUCAAGCAGUGGGCGAGUCCGCAGACCGCACGGCCGGUCCUUUUGCCUUUGAUCGUCAAGGUAACUUUCAAUUUUUGCACUGGAAAUGUGUUUGUACGCAUUUCGAGUGCUAAAACUGUGAAAAUGGGCAUUUUAAAGCUAAAACUUUGAAGCGAUUCAACUAAUUAAUUUCAGAACAGAUUUUUAGGAUCCUUUUUUGAGUUGGCACCAAAAAAUGCUCUAAUUGUAGGUGGCGAGAUUAUUAAAAUACGGGUUAAAAGCAAAGAUGUAUAGAUUUUAAUCGAUAAUCGUUCAGGACGUGUUGCUGGAGAACUCGUGUCUGCUGGCCGAUCUUCCCGUCACUCGGGCCUAUCCGAAACAGGCGGUCGUCUGGGUGACCGACCCGAAGCAGGCUCUUUUCGGACUGCCCGGAAUGGUGCAAGCGUAUCACAACGAGAAAAGUGCCAAUUGUGAGUUUAGUGGUUUUCAAGCGGAAAAUGAUAAAUUUAUAGCAGUGUUUUUAAGUUUUCCAAUAAUAAUAAGUGGUUUGCAGGUAAGAUCGAAGUGGUCGGAAUGGUCGGCCUGAACAAAGUGGAUAAAAUGGAGGCGUUGCGCAAAAAGUACGAGCAGAAAUCGUUGCGCUGGAUGUCGAGCAUGGACUGUGCCCGCCAAAUACCCGUGGACAAUCGGCUGUUCGCUCGCAUCACAGGUACAAUGUUUCUGUGGAACGAGCCGCGCGAAAAGGUCGAGAAGGGCCAGCAGAUGUCGUCGGAGUCGAAGAUCAACUGCGGAAUGGCACUCAAGUUCAGCAAACGGGACAUUUGUGUGGCCGAGUACACGGACCGCCGCGAGGCGCCCAACCAGCGGGACCAGCGGGAUCCGCGACGCUACUGGAGCUACAGCAACCUGACGAGUCGUCUCGUCGCCGAGUACAAAAAGAAGUUUCCGGAAGUGAUCCGACACUUGGAAUCCUCGGCGUCCAACUCGAUGGACGACGUCUACUACGCAGAGGACAUUUGGCCGAAUGCCAAGAAACGAGAGGAACGGUUCGUCGAGCUUCGCGCCUUUUUGGAGACACUUCCGAGUCGGGAGGCCGAGCAGUUCAGGUGCGGCACCGAGUACGCCGAUCGGCAGAUCAUUGCCGAGAUCGAGAGGGUGGUGAUGGAGGGCGGAGAAGACGAAAUAAAGAGACGGCGCAUGCAUAUCUGUGUGCUGCCGCCCGCCCAAGUCUUCCGCUACGAACUCUACGACGGAAAGGUGCACGUGGAUCCGGAGGCCGACUUUAGAAUACUCGACCGCGUCGGCAUCAUGUCCUCGCACACGGUAAAUGCUAGAUUUGCAGCAGCACCAGUGUGCUCCAAAAAUUUGCUCCAAACUGAUAGAUCGCAACACUGAAACCCACUUUUAGAGACUUUGUAGUUGAAAAUUGGCCUAAAUUUGUGAUCUUGGUGGGGUUUAUCGAGUAAAUAGAACGAAAAUAAUUUCAGAGAGUGCCGAAAGUGUUGCAAGGGACCGUGGUGGGCCUGCACGACGACAAAGUGGACGUUCUGUUCGACGCGGAGUUUGAGGGCGGCUCGAAAGUUCGCGGAUCGACAUGGUCGGGCGCCGUACGCGUUCCGCAAAGCUCCCUUUUCAAUAUCACGUUCGGAUUGGUCCGAAAAGACGCACUGCACAAGGUUUCCCGCUGAUUUUUGCAAAUGUUUGCAAAUGUUUUAAAUUUAGAAGCAACAGGAACAGGCUCUGCAGGGUGCGUACGUGCCACUCCCACCCAGACAACACCAGAAAAGACAGGAAGCCGGCGGAUCCACUGGUCCGCCGACGGUCCCGUCGAAACCGUCGAAAAAGGCGAAGAAGGAGAAGGAGAAAACGGCGGAAAAGGCGAAGAAGGAGAAGGAGAAACCGGAGGAAAAUACGAAGAAGGAGAAGGAGAAACCGGCGGAAAAGGUGAAAAUAAUGAAGAAGAAGGACGCGGAGGUGACGGUCGAAUCGUUGACGGAGUCGCUGAACAAACUGCUCAAAAUUCAGCCGAAAGAGUCGGAAUCGUCGGAAGGCACCUCGCAGCAGACGGGCGGAAAACAGGUGUCCCUCAUGGAGCUGCUCGGCGGUGCCAAGACGAGUGUGGAAAAGGCAGCGGAUAAACCGGCGGAUCCGAGCAAAAAGUCGAUACUGGAGCAGUUGAACGAGGCGCAGACGAAGAAGAAGGAGAAGAAGAAGCAGGAGCAGCUGGUAAUACUUCAGAAAAUUGCAGAGGAAAAAAAAGAGGGAUUCUGGCAGCAGACGCCCUCAGUUGUGGUCAGUUCUCCCGAUUUUUGAGUGAAAUCAUCGGGUUUCUUGAUAUUGUGUGGUCUAAAAAUCAUGGAACGUUUUUUGGAUUAAAUAUUGCUUUUUCAGCAAAACAAGGCCUCAAAAGGUGCUGAAGCGACAGAAUCGACGUCCUCGACGGCUCCAGAAGCAUCGGCCAGCGAACCGACGAGUUCUGGGAGUCAAAAACCUAAAGAGGACCAGAAAAAUGAGCAGAAGAAGACGGAAAACGCAGUGGCCGCGCCCGCGCAAUCAUUUUUCUCCAUGAUCGGAAUGACUCCGAUCAACCCGCACGGACCGCCCGGACACGGACAUCAGCAGUUUGGCGCCGAGCGAAGGGGAUACGAGGAGUACGUUGGGAAAUGACACUCUAAACUUGUUUAAUUAAAUGUAUGCUUCUUUUUUUGCAGAAAACGCGCGAAUCCGAAGCUGACGGACUUCAAACCGUCGACAGUGAAUGCGCGAGUUCAGCGACAACAACAGGCGGCACGUCUUCACAACACGACGAAAGUGACGUUGAUAACACGGCCGAAAGAGGCGGCGCCGGUGGAGGAAGAGCCGAAAAAGAAGGAGGAGAAGGAGAAGGAGGAAGAAGAGCCGAAGAAGGAAAAGGCGGCGAAGAAGCCGAGAAAGAAGAAGGAGUCGAGACUCGGAAUCAUGUUCAACAAACCUCCAGUUUAG